AUGGCCUCUGGCAGCACAUAUGAGACAGCACCUCCCAGCUCACCACCAUCGUCAAUCCUCUUCCAAUCGAGCAACAACAACAACAACAACAACAAUGACUCUCCUGCCUUCGUCCUGCUCGACAUUCCUCGCUCCCUAGAAGAAGCCCAAGUUCCCCCCGGCCACCGGCCCGCGGCUCGCAUCGUCUCCGGGCCUCCCCCGCUGGAGCCUCUUGCUACCCCGGAGCCGCGCAAUGGGGCGUCGGCGAGCCAUUCGCCGUCUGCGGGAGCUCAAAUUGCUGAAUUGAUGGCUGCGGCGGCUGCUCGGGGCGCGUUGGAUGAGCUUCGGGGUCGGUAUUCGGGGCCGUUUUUGCUGGACCGGGUUUGUCAUUCUGCAGGGGAAGAAGGGGUGUCUGCUGUUGAUGCCGGUGCUGAUGCUACCGGUGGUGAAUCGGCUGAGGCUUGUCGCAUCGGGAUUCCGGUUGGAGCUGAAUAUCUCCACGGAACGAUCCAAGACUUGCGGCAGACAUUCAUCGACACGGCACCGCAGUUCAACCUCGUUGUACUUGAUCCUCCGUGGCCCAAUCGAUCUGUUCGCAGGAAGAAGACGGGUAGUUACAACACUGCCUAUAAUCUCACGGAUAUCCAGCAGCUUCUCCUCAGCAUCCCUGUUCCCUUACAUCUUGCCCCCGACGGCUUAGUAGCUGUCUGGAUCACGAACAAGUCUAGUGUUUUCGACCUCGUCACCUCUCCCAGAGGGCUCUUUGCGUCCUGGGGUCUAGAGCUGGUAACACAAUGGACGUGGCUCAAGAUCACUUCAUCUGGCGAGCCCAUGUUCGAUAUGGAGUCGACAUGGAGGAAACCGUGGGAGACGCUCCUCAUAGCAAAGCGGAUCGGCGCAAAAGCUCCGAGCAGGCUUAAGCCUCGAGUCAUUGUGGCGGUGCCCGACGUACACUCGCGGAAGCCGAGCCUUCGGUUCUUGUUUGAGGAUGUUCUUGGGAGGGAUUACGCUGCUUUGGAAGUGUUUGCACGGAAUCUGACUUGUGGGUGGUGGAGCUGGGGGGAUCAAGUGUUGCGGUUUCAAGCAGCGGAGCAUUGGGUUCAAUCUUGA